AUGAUAAGUCAUAUGUUGGUGAUAGUAUUGCAUACAUUUACAAAUAUGCUGUUUUUAUUUGGAAAGCCGUCAAAACUCUCAAUGUAUACCAAUGCAGAUAAAAGUCUAGGCAACAAUUAUCUAUUCAUAUUAUCAUUGUUAUUACUAUCAUGGAUAAACUAUGGUGAAACCAGAAGAGGAGAUUUAAACAACCCCUACAAUCAUAUACGACCACUGCCUGAAUCAAAAAGAUUACCAAUAGAGUUAAAUCGUUCAGAAAAACUAUUUAUCAAUAAAGAAUAUAUGAGAAAAUAUCACUUUCUACUAGACAACUUUACACCACUUCAGAAUAUUACUUAUUAUCAUGAUAUAAGUAGUACUGAUGAUGGUUUGAAAGAGCAAUACAAACAUGAUGAUAGAAAUUAUCAUCAGUCUGAGAUAUUAGGAAGAUUAAGGCGCAGUUAUUUUACGAAUUAUGAUCAUUCUGAUCAAACAAUUUAUUACAUACAAAAAAAACCACAAAUUAUUGAAGAACCAAAAUCAGUAAUAACAAUUGUUGGACAAUCUGUCAUAUUUGUAUGCCUUGCUGAAGGAAAUCCAGCACCUAAAGUUCAAUGGAAGGUUUCAGGAACAUCUGUAUCAGAGUCUAGAUUUGGUAAAACAUUUCGGGCACCACGUGGUUCUAUUCUACGUGUAAAUAAUGUAUUACCAUCAUAUAAUGGUGCAGUGAUCACUUGUACAGCUACCAAUGCUUUAGGUCAAGCAGUAAACAGUGCAACAUUAACAGUAUACUCUGAUGAAUCAAACGCUCCAUCUGGUUAUCCACGAUUUCUCAAUUCAUUUUCUGUUAUUGUGGCGAGAAAAAAUUCUGAAGUUGAAUUGGAAUGUCGUGCAACUGGUGAUCCAAUACCUGAAAUCACAUGGUUUAGAGAUAGUAUACCCAUUGAUUUGGCGAAUCCACGUUAUAAGAAACAAGAUGUUGGCAAUUUACGAAUUCAAAACCUAGUUGAAGAAGAUGAAGGAAAAUAUGAAUGUGAAGCGAAAAAUGACAAAGGCACACGUCUAUCAUCUGGUGACAAUCUACUUGUUCGUGAAAACGUUGAAGCUAGUCUACAAAUGCUGGCACCAAGUACUAAAAGAUUUCGACCUCAUUUUACUAAUGUUCCAUCAUCAAGACAAAUUAUUCCACCAGGUGGUCAAUUAACAUUAAGUUGUACUGCUGUUGGUGCACCAGUACCUAAUGUUCAAUGGUAUCGAGAUAAACAAAUUUUACCUGGAGAACAAUUAAAUAAACAACCACCUGGUACAGCAAAACUUGUUUUAACAAAUUUAUUAAAAUCAGUAAAUGUUACAUGUGUAGCUGAAUCAAUAAUUGGACGUAUUUAUCAUGAUAUACAAGUUAUUGUAAAAAAUUUACCCGAUCCACCAGGUGAUUUUCAAUUAAUUGAAUUGGGUGCAACACAUGCUCGUAUAGCAUUAAAACCAAGCACUAGUCUACCGUCUUCUGUUCGAAACUACUUAAUGUUAUGGUUGCCAAGUUCUCAAUUUACAAACCAAACUUUAUAUGAAUUACCACAUCAAUUCAAUCUCUUAAUCAAUCAGCCUGGUGAUCAGAUUGAGCCAAUAAUGUUGUCCAAUACAGAGCAUUCUCGACCAAAUCUAAUCAUGUUGCCGAAAUAUUUAAAAAAUAUCAGUCUUUCAUCUAUAAGUAAUUAUCAUCUACAUCAGCAACGCCAACAACAGUUCCAGCAGUCAGACAUUAAUCAACAGAUUAAUAAUAAUAAUAAUAAUCUCAUAUCAGAAGAAAUAACAAAUCCUUAUUCUCUGUACAAUAUUUUGGUGAUCUCUUUAACUCAAUUAAAACCUUAUACUGAAUAUACAUUAUGGGCAAGAACUGUUGGUGAAGAUGGUGAUACUUCCUUACCUAAUCAACCAUUUUUAUUUACCACGAAAGAACUUGCUCCAUCUAGUCCUCCAUUAAAUGUUUAUGCACAAGCACUUUCAAAUGCUGCGGUCACUGUUUAUUGGGAUCCACCAAUUGAAUCAAAUGGUCGAAUACGAGCAUAUCGAAUCUAUUACACAAAUAAUCCAACAUUAGAAUUUUCCUAUUGGGAUACAAGUAUAGUGAACCUAGAAGCAUUGAAAUCUCAGUCAAUUACAUCAUCUGUAACAACCUAUAAAAAGAAUGACGAACAAAUAAAUCUUCCAGGUCACUUAUCGAUUUUAUCACAUUUAACAACAAAUGCUACAUAUUAUUUACGUGUUAGUGCAGUAAAUGGUCAAGGUGAAGGACCUGCUUCAGAUAUAUCUGUUGUUAUUGUACGACCAGGAGUUCUUUCAAAACCACAAAAUUUUACUGCAACAACCCAAUCUCCACAUGAAAUCUUACUUCAAUGGAACCCACCAAAUGAUGUUGAUCCAAAUACACGUCCAUUAGAAUAUUAUGAAUUAGAUUAUCAAUCAAUAUUAGAUAUCAAAAAGUCACCUGAUCAUUUAUCAUGGUUCAAUAGACAAACUAUUAAUAGUGUUGAUAAAAGUAAAACAAUCGACUCAAAACGUAAACACCAACAACAACAAACAUCCAUUAUACAUAUUAGACCAGAUGUAACAAGUUAUUUAUUGAAUAAUUUAGAACCGGAUACACAUUAUUUAUUUAAUCUAAUUGCUGUCUCUAAAACUGGACAUGGUGUCAAAGCAUCAACAGUUGCACGAACUAAUCAAUUUAUUCCAUCGGCGCCAAAAAAUCUUACUGUACAAGCUAUAAGUGCCACCCAAUUACAAGUAAAAUGGAAACGCCCAAUAAUCAGUGACCAAAUAUCCGAUAUUUUAUCAUCUACUCGUAUUGCUUAUUAUGAUUUAACCUGGCGUCAAACUGAUAGUGAAGGUUUAUGGUCACGAAAUGAUAUUUCCUCCGGGAAUCAUCAACCUCCAGCAUGGUUUAAUCAAUCAUUACAAUUAUCAUCAUCAUCGUCACCGUCGUCAUCUGGAAUAUUUGAAACAAACACAUUUGGCAGCUUACAAAUACCAACUCAUAAUAAAUGGAGUAGUGAUGAGAAUCAUACAAACUUAACACAAUCAUGGUAUAGUGCAAAUAUUACUGGUCUACAACCGUCCACUUAUUAUGUAAUACAUUUAAGAGCUGUCUCACAGUCAGGUGCAGGAGAUACAGCUGUUUCUCUACCAGUGAAAACAUGGAAUGAACCUCCAUCAGCUCCACAAAAAUUACGUUUAAUCAGUCAAAUAAUUCCACAGUCCAGUAUAAAUUCACCACCACAAAUUUUACUACGUAUCACAUGGGAACCAGUUUGGUAUGAUGGUUAUAAAGUAGGUGAAAUGUCUACAUUGUAUAGAAUCAGAUGGCGUUUAAUUGGUGGUGAGAGGAAUUUCAAAGGAGCAGAACAAUCUCUUGUAAUACGUACAUUACGUUCAACGGAUAAAUAUUCUAGUGAAUCGACAUUAUAUUGGCCUAUCAUUGAAAAACAACAAAAACACCAACAAAUCGAACCACAACAGCACCAACAUCAAUUCAUAGAAUAUGGUGCUCGUAAUCCAUUUCAAUCAGAAUCACUUAUUCCAACCAAAUUUUUACAUGGUGAAGUGAAUUUAACUGAAACUAGUUGGAAUCCUGCUUCUGGUAUAUUUCUACUUGGUAUGAGUUAUGAAUUUCGUGUUGCUGUAAUCACAACAUUACAAAUUGGUUAUGAAACUAUAGAAACAGUGUCGUUUGAAGGAACAGCACCAACAAAUAUACCAACUUCAAUACAAGUCAGUUAUACAUUAGAUCAAAUAAUACUAUCAUGGAAUCCACCUGAUUGGGAUCAUCGGCAUGGUAUAUUUGAAUCGUAUGAAAUUAAAUGUUAUCGUAGUAAACCAUCUAUGAAUGUCAGUCAUGUUGAUGUCGAUGAAAAAAUGAAUAAUCAGUUGAAAUCUUACGAAGAUCAAUAUUUCAAUGUAACCUUAUUAAAUAGUCGUGUACAAUGGCCAAUUUCAGCGCCUAAUGAUUUAUUAAAUAUUAUACCAUGGCCAAGUGGUCAAAUUCGUUUAAAUUAUCCUAAUGAUUUUAAUUAUAAACAUGGUGAGAUUGAUUCUCGACUAAACAAUAACGAUAAUACUGUGAGAUAUGAUAAUAGUAAUAAUAAAAAUAAUAUUUAUGCAUGUGUUAUUCGUGCAGUCAAUGUGUAUGGAUUUGGGCCAUGGUCAACAGAGAAGAUAAUUUUACCAAAGAAACCAUCUAUCCCAUCUUCCCCAGAUAAUCUUCGUGCAAUCUUUCUUAACCAACAUCAAUUACGUAUUAGUUGGUCAUUACCAAUUCAUUUAAUACAAUCUAUUUCAUCUCAUCUUAUUACAAAAUUAACAAAAAAUGAUAUACAUAAAUUAAUUAUAUCAUUAGAAAAUAAUUAUUUAUAUUUUGCUAUAUAUAUAAGUCCAAUAAUAAAAAUUAAUUGGAAACGUUAUACAACAAAAGGUCCUACAACUGAAUUAAUUUUAAAUGAUUAUGAUGAAAAAAUUAAUUAUCUAGUACGAAUUAGUUCAGUGAGUAUCAAUGAACAUGAAAGUAAAUGGUCAGAACCAAUUUCAACAGAACGAAUUGAAUCAAUCAAUUCUAAUUUGGCUAUUAAAGUUUAUAAUUCAAAAUGUCGUUUAUUUUACCGAUCACAAACAGAUUUAUGGCAAUUACAAGUAAAAUGGGAAGUUCCUAAACAAUUACAAACUGGAUCAUAUUUUGAUCAACUCUCUCAUUAUAGAAUUAAUUAUACAAUGAUUAAAUCAACCAUGAAAUAUACUACUCAUAUAAUACCAAUAGUAAAUCGUGAAUUAUCAUUAAACAAAUUAGAUUCAUAUAAAAAUAAAUUUAUAUUACAAAAUUGGUUAUAUACAUCAGAAUCUGAUUCAAUUUAUGGUAUAUCUAUAAGACCAGUUUUUAAAGGGAACAAAUUACAAACAGAUAUGGAUACAUAUAUUAAACAACCAUAUGGUAUUCUUGAAAAUAAUUUAUGUUAUAUACCAAAAAAGAAUAUGUUUCAUGUCCCAGUACCUGUUAUCCUAUUAAAUCCAUUUAUUGAUAAAACAAAUUAUUUUCUAAUUGGUAUCAAACCUAUCAAAUGGAUUCAAGCAUCAUCUACACCAUCCUCAUCUUCAUCAUCAUCAUCAUCAUCAUCAUGGAUACGUCAAGAUUUACCAAUUACCUAUGAAUUAAUAGCUUAUAAAUUACCAAUAUAUAACAAUAAUAUACAAACUAUAGAACAAUUAAAAUUAGGACAAUGGAAUUCUAGUGAAUUAUUAUCAUUAUUAAUACAUCAUUCCAUUAGUGAUUCAUUAAUACAAAUUGAAUUAAGUCAAUCUUUGAAUGAUACAUCAUUAAGAUAUGAGAAAAAAUCUGAAAAGUUGUUAAUUGGUAAAGCAUUAGCAAUUAAUCAAGAUUAUGCAUUAUGUAUGAAAGUUUGUUUACAACCAAAUAAACACUUCUACUCAUUUAAUAUUAUGGAUAAUAAUGUAAAACAUGAACCAGUUUGUUAUGAAUCAAAAUGGAUUCAACCAGUUUCAACAAAUCGUCCAUCUCCAUUAAUCGAUUCAUUGAAUGAUACAAUCAAUUCUCAAUUAAAUGACUACUAUGAUCCGGAUGAGUUAUUAUGGUCUAUUAAUUCAUUUGGAUCACAUAGUCCACCACCGUCAGAUGAUGCUACCGCUCAAGGACCUGGUCGAGUAACUAAUAUGGAACUAUCAAAUAUACAUAAAAAUCAUCAAUUAAAUAAUGAUAUACUAAUAAUCAAUAAAAAUCAGCAAUUAUCCCAAAAUAUCCCAAAAUCAUUAGAUAAACAAUUAUCAAUAACAUCUAAUGUAACAAAUCAAUCAAAGAUCACUAUAUUAUCCAUUGGUAUUACCAUAAUUAUAUUAGUUCUAUUACUUGGAUUAAUAUGUUUCUUAUUAAUUAUAUAUAAAAGAAAACGUUUAACUGAAAUCAAUAAAUAUAAAUUUAGUAAUAACAAUAAUACUACUAAUAAUUUUAAUAGUAGUAAAAAUAAUAAAUCAUCAAUUCCAUUAAAAUGGAAUAAUUAUUCUAAUAUAAAUUAUUAUAUUUUACGUUGUUUAACAUUAAAUAAAUAUAAAACAAAACAAAAAUUAUAUAAUUUAAAUGAUAUAAUACAUCAUAGUCCACCACCAGGUAGUAAUUCAAUUUCAAUUAAUUUACAAUCAACAUUUACAUCAUAUCCAAUUGACUUGGUAUCAACAACGAUAACAACAACAACACCGCCAUCACCACCACAACCAAUGGAAACAACAACAACAACAAGAUUAUAUGAACUUACCGGUUAUACAAAUCCUAUAAUAAAUACUAUUACUAAUAAUAAUUUAUUAUAUUCACAAUCUAAUGAUGAAAUAAGAAAUUUUACUAAUACAAUACAUAAUGAGAUGAAUCCAAACUAUUUAUCGGAUUCACCUAAUACAACUUUAUAUAUAAAUGAUCAUUAUAAAAAAUCAAAAUUAAAUCGUGUUGGAUCAAUUUCGCUAAGUUAUCAUCAUACAUAUCAAUUGAAUUCUCCAACAUUAUCAUCAUCAAAUGUAAUUUAUGGAUCAAACUGUAUGAAAUCUGAUCAAAUGGAUCUAAAUAUUAAUAAUACUAAUUCUACUACUACUAAUAAUAAUGGAAUUGGUUUGUUGGGUAGUUUAAAAUCUGUUAGUACAAUGGGAUCAAAAAAUGUACAAUCUUUAAAUGGAAUAGAUGAUGAUAAUUUAUUAUCACCAAUUAGUAAUGGACGUUGUCGAAAUCUGUUGAACUCUAUUCCUAACAGACCACAAAUAUGUGGACCAAUUCAAGUGGCUAAUUUAAUAGAACAUGUACAAAGUUUAAAAGCUGACAAUGGACGUUUAAUGGCAGCUGAAUUCGAAUCAAUCGAUCCAGGUGGUCCAUUCACAUGGGAACAUUCAAAUCGACCAGCGAAUAGAAGUAAAAAUCGUUAUGCCAAUGUUAUAGCUUAUGAUCAUUCACGUGUUGUCCUACAAUUGACUGGAAAUAAUGAUCCUGAUUCUGAUUAUAUCAAUGCAAAUUAUUUGGAUGGUUAUUGUAAACAAAAUGCAUAUAUUGCAACUCAAGGACCAUUACCUCACACAAUUACUGAUUUUUGGCGUAUGGUAUGGGAACAACAUUCUGGUAUGAUUGUAUCAAUGACACGUCUUGAAGAGAAAGCUCGUGUGAAAUGUGAACAAUAUUGGCCAGGCAAUACAAAUGGUAUCAAUGGUAGUAGUAGUAGUAAUAAUAUGAAAAGUGACAAUAAUUGUGUAAUAACAUCAUGUAGACCAAGUCCUAGUAUUACAUCACGAAUAAAUUCUACCUCGUCUAAUAAAAAGUUGAAUGAUUUCAAAAUGAAAUUGUAUGAUAAAUCAAUUCUACCUCCACCGAUUAAUUUUCGAACGUCUGUUAAUUUGAAAGAAUCCAAUGAGGAACAACAAUUCAAUGAAUUCCAUUGUGAUAAUAAUAAUAAUAAUGUGAUUAGUGAUGACUUAAUAUUUACAAAUGGUCUUUCACAUUUAUCUCAAAGCACAAUUAAUUUUGGUGAUAUAUCUGUCAGUUUAUUGGAUACAAUGGAAUUGGCUUAUUACACUGUUCGUUCAUUUGUUCUACAAAAAGCUGGAACAAUAGAAACCAGAGAAGUACGUCAACUUCAAUUUACAGCUUGGCCAGAUCAUGGUGUACCAAAUCAUCCUGCACCAUUAUUAAUGUUUUUAAGACGUGUUCGAGCUGAAUGCCCAGCAGAUUCUGGUCCAAUUAUUGUACAUUGUUCUGCAGGUGUUGGAAGAACAGGUGCUUUCAUACUACUUGAUAUAUUGUUGGAACAAAUGCGUCAUGAAAAAGCUGUUGAUGUUUUUAAUACUGUUAGUCGAUUACGUGCACAACGUAAUUUUAUGGUACAAACAGAAGAUCAAUAUGCAUUUAUUUAUGAAGCAUUAGUUGAAGCAGCAUCAAGUGGUAAUACUGAAAUACCAGUACAUCAAUUAACUACUCAUUGGUUUCGUUUAACUGAUUUAAAUCGAUUAAAAUGUCAAGAUCUGAUGAAUUCUGAUCCAUUGAGUAUUGGAUUAAUGAAAACUUCAAUGAAUCAUACAAGUAGCUCUAAUAUAUCUACUGGGUUAGAACUGGAAUUCUACCAGUUAUUAAUUCAAUCAAAUUUAACUAAAUUAAUUUCUUCUAUUCCAUCAUCUAUUGGAUUAUUAUCACCAAUUGAUCCAUUCUCUUUAAAAAUGGAUGAAAAAAUCUAUGGAAAUAUGAACUUGAAUAGUAAUAAUACAAGUACUAUUGGAUGUAUGAAUAUACCACAAUUACCUAGAUCAAUUGUUGGAAUGUCUACCAACAAAUCGAUUGCAGCUAUGUUACCGGUUAAUUUAUCGAAAAAUCGUAGUCUCAGUAUUAUACCACAUGAUGCAAAUCGUGUUGCGCUUCGUGCUGUUCGUGGUGUUGAAGGCUCUGAUUAUAUCAAUGCUAGUUAUAUUGAUGGGUAUAGAUCACGUGCUGCAUAUAUAGCAACACAAACACCAAUGAUGAAUACUUUAGAAGAUUUUUGGCGUAUGAUAUGGGAGUCUGGAUCGUGUCUCAUUGUUAAAUUAGAUGGUACAAUAACAUUGAACGAUUUGAAAUUCAUGGACUCUCCAACAUAUUGGCCAAAUUUACAAUCAGCACGUCAUGGUUUCCUAGUAGUUGAUCCAAUUGCUACUUAUACAAUGCCAGCUUAUAUUAUGCGUGAAUUACGUUUAACUGAUACACGUGAUGGUUCAACACGAACUGUACGUCAAUUUGAUGCAAGUUCAACAGCUGAUGCAUUAAUACAUUUAGAAAGACAAAUUUAUUAUUCUACAUCUAAUAAAUCAGAUUUUAAAGAGUUUAUUGAAUCAUCUCAACCGAUAACGGGAUCGACAAUAACAACAGCAUCAUCAACAAUAACACCAUUUCCACCUAAUCCGUCGUCAAUUUUAGAAACAUCAUUUACUGAAGAUGAUUUUCUUAGAUUUAAUCAAAUACCAACACAUAUGAUCUCAACAUUUAGACAAUGUUAUCAACCAAUAUGUGAAUCAAUGCUUGAAUUAAUUAGUCAAGUACAUAAAACCAAAGAACAUUUUGGCAUAGAUGGACCAAUCACUGUACAUUGCAAUUUGGGUUCUGGAAUAACCGGUGUCUUCUUAGCUAUUUCCCUAGUACUUGAACGAAUGCGUUUUGAAGGUGUAAUUGAUAUGUUUCAAACUGUUAAACUAUUAAGAUGGCAACGACCAGGUUUAGUACAAACUGUUAGUCAAUAUGCAUUUUGUUAUGCUACAGCAUUAGAAUAUCUUGAGUCUUUCGAACGAUAUACAACAUAAAUAGAUUGAAUAAAAACUAUUCAUCAUUCACCUUGUUAAUAAACAUAUGAAUGGAAUAUUUUUUUUCCCUUUAUAUAUAACAAAUUGAAACGGUGUCAAUAUUAAAUUUUUUUUUGUUUCUAUGCUCAUAAUUGAUUGCCAAUUAGAAUCAAAAUGAAAAUCUUUCUUAAAUUCAUAUUGAAUUUGUAUGUGUUUUUUUUGUGUGUAUAAAUUGUAUAUCAUUCUUCACUAUUUUGCAUUUAUUCCCAAUCCCCCCAUCUCCUCCCCCCUUCCCACCUUACACCAAAUCUCUUUUAUUAUGGUUCAUUUCAAUUGAUUGACUUAGAUCCCCCUUUGAACAAUAAAACUGUAUUUCAUAUUCACGUUUUGUUUAUUUUUCUCUUUAAAUAAUCAAUUAAAAAAUAAUUCAUAUUUCAAUGGUUAUUUUUGUACAAUAUUCAAAAGUAUUUUGUUUUAAUUUACCAAUAUUCAUGAGAGGGGGGGGGUGGUAAAAUAAAAUUGUUCAAAUAAAACAAUAAAACACAAUGAUGUCUUCCCUAACACCCCAUACACCACCCCAUACCCACCUUCAUGAACUUGUAUUUAUCAUAAAAUCAUAUAAUCUAUUCAAUAUUUAGAAUUGUUUAUUAAAUUUUAUAAUUUUAAUGUUUUAUUUGCUUGUUUGAAUUAUGUUGUUCAAUUUGUUAUUUGAUCCUACGAUCUGACAAAUCCAAACUUCUAUAGCAUACAACAAACUCAUGAAUACUUUAUUGAGUUCUUCAAAUGUUACAUUGCUUAACAAUAUAGAAAUGUACAGUAUGGGUAUUCAUCUGAUCUGGAAUGAAUAAUUGAAAGGAACAUUCUAUUUGUAACUUAUGCCUCUAUAAGCAUUCGUUGUUUAAGCAUAUUGUUAAAUAAAGUGUAUAUUUAAUCUAUACAAAUGUAAACACUGUCUCAUUGAUCUAUGUAAUGACAUUAAUUGAAAGUGUAACAUGUUCAACAUUCAAUCUUUAUUUGACAUUGACACUUAAUUGAUACCAUUUCAAUCAACAGAUCAUUCAAUCAUGAAUAAUUCUUCUUUCUAGGUGAUAUUGUUAAAGAUGUUCCUAUGGAGAAUAUUGUCGAACCAAGUUGUUUAGGUAUCAUGACAAACUGGAUAGUAACUUAUGAUUGAAAAGAAACAAGUCGAAUUGAUUGUAGUUUAUUUCAUUGUAGAUUUCUAUAGGAAAUGUAAAGAGUUAACAAAUGAAUGGGGAAUAUAUUCCCCCUAAUGGUGUAAGAUAUUUGUAUGUAAUUAAAUAAAUCAAUAAAUCAAUGAUUGGUGAUAUG